UCGAAGAAGAUGAAAUUCCUUACUAUCUUCGUAGCGGCGGUCGCGGUGCAUCUUGCAUCUGCUGAUGGAGGCGGACAUGUGCAUGGUGGACAUGUGGCUCAUGGAGGCGGCCACGUUCCUGUAGGACACGGAGGCCACGGAGGAGUCCACGCUCUUGGAGGAGGAGGAGGAGGAGCACAUGGAGGACCUGUCAGGGGCGGCCAUGGAGGGUAUGGCGGAAGCGUAGCCACGGGCUUCAGCGUCUUCAACCUGGGAGCUCCUGUGGGAGGCUACGGCGCAGGUCAUCCCGUGGGCCAUGGGGGCGACUUGGCCACAGGAGUCCACGGUGGCAGCCACGGAGGGCCAGUCGUCGCUCCUCACGGGGUCAGCUACGGAUUGUAGUCAUGGCGGUUGAUAGAUCGUGUCGACGUAACAAGGACAAAGAUAUUCUGCGCGAACAUGGCAUCGCUAUUUAUUGUAGAUAUGGAUUAUAUUAUAUUUAUAACUUGAUAUAAAUAAGCUUACAAGGUC